AUGUCGUCGUACGCGUUCCAGAGCCCUCGGGCGCAAGCGUCAUCGGCGUUGCCUCCCAACCACCAUCCAUACGAGCACGAAGCGUACUCGCACCACCAUUCCGAGCAGUACGCGCCCUACUCUGGCUAUCCCGAUCAGCACGCAGGUGACCACGCCAAUCUUGGCGACAGCUACGACAGCAACCCAUCGCGCCCGCUCGACCGAGGACGCCGCAACGACGACCGCGACGACGAUAACCACGACUACGCAGACACGCGCGCCGACAACAUGACGUCCGAAAAGGCCGACUAUGGCGGACCGUACGCCGCCAAGCGCGCGAGCGGCAACAGCAUCUGGACCAAGGACGACAAGCGGGCGUUGGCGUCGCGCAGCGUGCCCGCCAAGAUUGCGCGCGUGCUGAUCGGCAACAUCAUCCUGGCGCUGAUCAUCAUCGUGUCGAUCAUCUGCCUGAUCGUCAUGUUCCUGCGUCCGCCCAACGUGGCCAUCUCGGGCGUGAGUGUGCCGAGCCAGUCGGGCGUGACGUACGAGAACGGCGCAUUCGCAUUCAACGUGAGCGUCGACAUUUCGGUGAGCAACCCGAACUCGAUCUCGGCGAGCAUCAAGAAGCUGCAGGCGACGGCGUACGACUCGCAGGACCAGUCGAGCGCACUCGGCCACGGCAUCGUGCGCGACCAAAAGAUCCAACCCAACGCCAACACCACGGUGGUGUUCCCCUUCCAGAUCAAGUACGACCAGACGCAGGAUACGGAUCUGAGCAUUCUGCGCAACAUUGCUGCCGACUGCGGCCUGAAUCUGUUCGGCGGCUCGUCGAGCGGCAGUUCGGGCGACCUGAGCUUCCUGUUCAAGAUCGAGGUGGACGUCGAGGUGCUCAGCAUCACGGUGCCCGUCAACUUCAACAAGAACGUCUCGUUCCCCUGCCCACUCAGCGGCUCGAGUGUGCAGGGCAUCCUGAGUGGAUUGGGCAGCGCGCUCACUGGCAGCGCACGUCGGUGGCUGGAUGGCGAUGCGCAAGAAGAACACGAGAGCUUCCCCGCCGCACUCGUGCGUCGAGAGCUGGCCAAGACCAACGUGGUCGACCUGGCCAACAAGUGGGAGCGCGACGUGAGUGCGGCCGAAGUGGUGGGUGCGAUUGCCGACGGGCUCGUGAGGCGCUACUCGCCGCUCACGCCCAACGACGACCAUCACGAGGUGCUCUGA